GUCAGUUCUGAUAGUGACUCCACUCAACGAGGAAGUACUAACAGUUUAAUAACUCUAUGGACUAGGGAAGCACUGAGGCGUUUUUGAGUUAUCAUGUUUUCACAGAUAUUUUUGCUGCUGUUGUUUCUCUCCAUAGACAUGACUGUGAGCCUGGGACCAAAGAAAGACAUGGAAUUUACAUUUAUAUUACCCGCUGGUUCAACCGAGUGUUUCUAUCAGCCCACAAUGAGAGGGGAUACUAUGGAGUUUGAAUACCAGGUGAUUGCCGGGUCAGGCCUGGACGUUGGCUUCUCCCUGAACUCCCCCAGUGGACACCGGUUGGUCUCUGACUUCAGGAAAUGUGAUGGCAUCCACAUGGUGGACCCCACAGAAGAUGGAGACUACCGCAUCUGCUUCGACAACAGCUUCAGUAAAAUGUCCCUGAAGAUGGUGUAUUUUGUGGUGGUGCUUAACGCUCAAAGUGACACGAAACAGAAAUGGGAUGAGCUGGACAAAGAGGACAGUCUGCUGGACUAUAAGCUCCAUGACAUCAGAGCCAGUAUGGACACAGUGCGCAGCCAUUUGGACAGGACCAGGCAGGUGCAGGCCACACUCCGGGCGCUCGAGGCCAGGGAUCGAUAUCUCCUGGAGGAUAAUUUAUGGAGGGUGUCCUUCUGGUCCUGUCUGACGUUACUCGUGAUGCUCGGAGUCGCAGCUGCGCAAAUUUACACUCUGAAAAAACUAUUUGACGACAAAAAGAAAGUGCGCACAAAGGCCUAAGAAGACUUUUUCUAAAGACACUCAGCAAGUGUUGGGAAUGGUUUUAUACUUGAAAUUACGAAGACAGCGUGCCAUUGUGGAGUUGUUUAUAAGGGGAAUUAUAGAAUAGUCUAAGUGGAAGUUUGUCAAUGAAUUGAGCCAAUGAUUCACAAAAACUAAUAAUAAUCUAGCAUCAGCCAAAAACCAUCGCACAGUAUUGUAUAACCAUAAUGUGAUCUUAUUUAAAUACGGUGUCACACACAACACGUUACUACACUCAUUACUUAAGCAGCUAAAAUCAUCUUUAUUUAAACCACAUUUUCAUAUCAUUUUUAACUUGUAGUCAAACAAAAAUUUAAAUAAAAACCCUUUA